AAGCUCAUGCAGCUCCCCACUGCCCUGAUACGCUCCUUUACCUUCCGGAGAGCCGCGGCUAUCGCUUUCGAACCAUAAAUAGGUCAACGUCACGGGAAGGGCUUUGCUGCUACGCAAGCGCAAGCGGCCAGUGAGCAAGUCGGAUUAUACAGUGUUGAACCGUCAGGUACUGUGAUGUCAUUCCUUAGGUGUACACGCUCUGCUCUGGGCAUCUGGCAAGUACGAAGCAGAGUAUGGGUAGAGACCUCUACAGUACUCUCUCAAGCCUGCUCGGUAUGCAGCUUUGUACGAUGGAAGAAUACGGCUGUUAACCCUGCCAGAGGUGUGGACUACCAGUUCUCUAACACACGAUGGAGAGGCAUGGUUGUGGGGGUCCUGGCGGGUACAGGUGCUAUCCUAGUUUAUGGCUUAUGCAGACAACAGGUGCAGCAAUCAGAGCCUAAAAGUAUCUCAGAAUUGACCAGCCUAUCUGUAUCAGCAUUAGGCAAUGACAUUAAAUCAACGUACCCAAUUUAUACCAGGCAGGAUGUGGCCAAGCAUAAAACUAUGGCAGAUGGGGUAUGGGUCACCUACAAAUCUGGUGUGUAUGAUAUUACGGAGUUUGUUGGCUUGCAUCCUGGGGGGAAUAAGAUCAUGCUUGCUGCUGGAGGUGCUGUUGAACCAUUCUGGGCAAUGUAUGCAGUCCAUAAGCAGGAACAUGUUUACAAAAUGCUUGAAGAGUACAAAAUUGGAGAACUCAGCCCAGAAGACCAGAAGCUGGUGACCUCGGAUGUGAACGACCCAUAUGGGAAUGAACCACUGAGACACCCUGUUUUGAAAGUGAAUAGUUUAAAGCCAUUUAAUGCAGAACCGCCAUUAGAAAUCCUAUCUGAUAAUUAUCUUACCCCAAAUGAAAUUUUCUUCAAAAGAAACCACCUGCCCGUUCCAGAAGUUGAUCCAAACAAGUUCCGUUUGGAGAUUAUGGGAGAGGGGAUGAAAUCCAUCCAACUGACACUCGACGACCUCAAGACCAAGUUCCCAAAGCACACAAUAACUGCCGCAUUGCAGUGUGCAGGGAAUCGGCGCUCUGAAAUGAAUGCUGUGCGUCAGGUAAAGGGACUGAAUUGGGGGAUGGCAGCAAUUGGUAACGCUACGUGGAGAGGGGCCAAGCUUUCUGACGUCCUUAAAUAUGCAGGGCUCCCAGAGGACACAAAUGCUAAGCACGUACAAUUUGAGGGACUCGAUAAGGAUGAGUCCGGGUCACCCUAUGGGGCCUCUAUUUCUAUUCGCAAGGCCCUGGCCAAAGAUGGUGAUGUGCUACUUGCCUACGAAAUGAAUGGUGAAGAUCUAUCCAGGGAUCAUGGCUUUCCACUACGUGUCAUUGUGCCAGGAGUGGUCGGAGCACGUAAUGUCAAAUGGUUAAGCAAGAUCAUUGUAAGUAAAGAAGAAAGCAAGAGCCAUUGGCAGGUGAAUGACUAUAAAGGGUUUUCUCCCUCUGUAGACUGGGACACUGUUGAUUUCAGUACUGCUCCAGCAAUCCAAGAGCUCCCCAUCCAGUCUGCCAUCACAACACCUUGCAAUGGUGACUAUCUCUCUGCAGAAGAUGACGAGGUCACAGUGAAAGGCUACGCAUGGAGUGGAGGUGGCCGAGAAGUGAUCCGAGUGGACGUCUCGCUGGAUGGUGGGAAGACUUGGCAGGUGGCUGAGUUAACUGGGGAGAAGCAGGAUGAGGGUCGGGCGUGGGCAUGGAAACUGUGGCAGCUCACUGUGCCUCUACCAAAGGGCCAGAAGAACCUGGAGAUAAUCUGCAAAGCUGUGGAUAACAACUACAAUGUACAACCUGAUACCGUUGCGCCCAUCUGGAAUUUACGAGGGGUCCUUAAUAAUUCCUGGAGCCGGGUGAAAGUUACAAUCAAACCUAGCAGUGGUUAGAAAGUGCAUCUGAAUCUCUGGGAUUGCAGGAGAACUUUUAGAUAUAUUUUAUAUACAUGUGUUUGUUCUCAGCUUCCUUUUUUGAUUGGUUACUACCACAGUCUAGUUUUUGCCAUCAUAGCAGUAACUGCAUGUACGAUCUACUUAAUUGGAAGCCACUCGAUUUCAAUUGUCGGAUAUAACUUUUAUCCAGCGCAAAAUUCCUGCUGUGUGAUUUAAUCCCUGAUUAAUUUAAAUUACUCAAUAAUUCCAACUUUUUUCGAAACACAACCUCUGAAUUAAUAGUGGAGAGAGUUAAUGUUCAGACACUUAUAGUUAUAGACAUUUAUAGACUUGGUUUAAAAAGUAACACAAAUGCAAUGGCCUCUUGUGCUGUAUUUGUAUCGACUCUCUUGUUUUUGUUUGUGAAGGAGGUAAUGCACUGCUUGGAAGUGACCGUGACAAUAACACUUGGUGACUAGAGUACAAAUUUCAGAAUAUUAACCUGCAGAAUUUUCCAGCAGGCAAGAAGAUAAGGAACAUUGUGUGUUUAUAUAUUAAAUUAAUGACUACACUUCAAAAAUGCUUCGCCUGGCUGUAAAGUGCUUUGGGACAUUUGAAGUUGUGAACCGUGCUAUUUAAAUGCAACUAUAAAUUGUUAUUCUUGAACUCAUUUUCCCCUCUCCUGGACUGCAAGUUUUGAAUUACUUAUUACUAAAACUGCUUGUGAUCCUUAUUGCUGCACUGUCCCUUUCUAAUGGGGUUGUUUGAAAUCCCUGAUGCUUAGCAACUCAUUGGUUUAGUCUCGACCAUUCUUCUUUUCAGCCAUCUUUUGAAUGAGACCCUAAACUGAGGCCCCGUCUUCUCCCUCAAGUGAGAUCCUAUCCAAUGACACUAUCAAAGAAGAACUGGGAUGUCCUAGCCAAUAUUUAUCUCUCAACCAACAUUACUGCUCAUCCUCACAUUGCUGUUUGUGAGGUCUUGCUGUGCGCAAAUUGGCUGCUGCAUUUUUACAUUGCAACGGUGAUUGGACUUCAAAGUACUUUAAGCUGUAAAGCAUUUUGAUAUCGAGGUCACGUAAGGCGCUAUAUGAAUGCAAGUUUGUUCAUUUGUCUUUUCUUUUCUGAAAUUUUCCUAAUGAGCAAAUAUGUUACCUGUCAGGCUCACUCUCUUUAAAUGAGUGUCAUCAUUUGGGAAGAGACAGUUGCAUCGUGGUAAUGUCACUAUGACACUGGACUAGUAAUUCAGAGGCCCAGGCUAAUCCUCUGGGGAUAUAGGUUCAAAUCCCACCAUGGCAGCUGGUGGAAUCUAAAUUUGGUUAAUAAAUCUAUAAUUGAAAAGCUAGUCUCCGUAAUGGUGAUCAUUCUCAAACUGUUCAUAGAAUCUUGCAACAUAGAAGGAUGCCAUUUAGCCCAUUGUGCUUGUGAUAGUUCUUUUGAAAUACCUAUUCAAUUAGAAGACCUAUCCACUGCCCCCCUCUUUCCCCCUGCACUGCAAAUGUUUCCCUUUCAAGUAUGUAUCCAAUUCCCUUUUGAAAGUUACCAUUGAUUCUCUUUCUGCCACCCUUUUGAGGCAGUGCAUUCCAGAUCAUAACUUGUCACAUAGAUAUAAAAAUUCGUAUUCUCAUCUUUCAUCUGGUUUUUACAAUUAUCUCAAAUCUAUAUCCCCUAGUUGCUGACAGUUCUGUCUGGGUUGACAGGUGUGAUAUGGCAUGUGUAAACACAUCUGAGACUGCUCAAAGCUACUGUUCUGGCAAAGGACUGAUGAGUUAAUGGCUUGCUUUGUCAAUCAAAAUAAAAUUGUCAAGUUUU